GCACGAGCUCAAACACAGUGUGCGUUAACAAGGGGAAACUGAAGGAAUUUGAUCUUAUAUCGGAUAUUUCGGAAUUGGACACUAAAGAAGCGUGGAAGAUGAAGUCUCCAAAGAUAAAGUCACACAGCAAAUCAUUUCUUGAGGAUGACGGUCUGAACGCCGUAUUGUGUGAAUUCGACGCUGUCAUUGAGGAUUUCACGUCCCCCGUGGAAAAGAGGCACUUCAGAUAUGAUGAACACUUGAAAACCAUGAAGAGACGGAGCAGUGCGAGCGUUAGCGACAGCGGCAUCAGCGACUCUGAGAGUGCCGAGUCCUUGAACAGAAACAGUUUCAGCUUCAGUGAUGAGAAGCUCAACUCUCCCAGCGUCUUCUCCACUUCUUCAAACAGUCCCUUGAUCACAUCUCCUAAACCUAAACUUGGAGACACUAAAGAGCUAGAGGACUUCAUUGCUGACCUUGACAGAACAUUAGCGAGCAUGUGAGAUAGAGACGGGAUGACUGGAGCCCACCACAUUGACAGCCUGACCGCACCUGACAAACCUGAACGUCUGUGAAGACGGAGAACACAUGCUCCUGGUUUCAUACGUUGAACGAUGAAGUUCGCCAAGACUUUUUCUAUACUUGCGCCCAUAUAAACAAACUCAAUGCAUAAGAAACACACAUUUGACAGUAAUGGCUGUGCUCUCUGAAACACUUGAGCUGUAAGAUUAUUUAAAUAGCUUUUUAUAGAACUAUAUUUUUAAUUUUAUAGAGUCGGAUAUUGUAAAUUUAUCUGUAAUACUAUUUUGCGAAUUUCUAUUUUUGUAUUUCAUGUAAAUAUUGUUGCUCGCCUUGCUAAAUAUGAAGCAUUUCCUGUUUCACAUGAGAAUAAUCUCUGUUCUUAAUUCAUUAGUAAAACUGGAAAAGCAAUAUAACACGUAUUUAAUACAACUAUUGUUUGCAAGCGAUUAAAGUUGACAGAUUUUAAGAUA